CGGGAAAACAAUGCCCGUCAGGCGGGUGCGAAGGACACAGUCUACCGGUCGCCCCCUGCUAGUACAGCACACCGUAGUUAGCUAACACACGGUGUCCCUCCCGCCUGCUGGGAUAAACUGCCAGACAGGCGGGGAUGAAGGACACGCUGUCUACUGGUCGUCCCCGCCACUCGUUGCUAACUAGAUAUUUUUUAUGUAGGGUUUAUCUGCAGUUAUGAUGCAUUACCGCUAUCCACUGUAGUGGAGCGCCCCUGCAUUCCGCCGAUGUACUGGAGUCAUAGUUUACAGAAUGACAAUAGAAAUAUAAUGACGGGUUCCUGCAGAUGCAGGAAAGUCCACAUGCAGGAAAGUCCACAUGCAGGAACACCCCGAAUUGCGGGCUGCAGUUGUACUCUUCUCACUGUUAUGGGUGGUCUGAUCUCUCAUUGGUCCUGGUGAGGGUUUAUAACGUGAUAUGUCACCAGCGGAGUGAGUGUAGGGUGUUUUUCUCUCUCUUCAGUGACAGGAUUAUCAUCUCAGCGCUUUAACACACCGCCAAACCGCAGAUCAAAUGUCGGGAAAGGUUCUGUUCGCUAUUGCAAUGUAAUAGUGAAUUGGAAAAAGAAAAACAGCUUUACCUAUACAACGGAAGGUAUUUGUAUGACGACAAGACCCUGAAGUGACAAAUCAUCGUCAAUAAUUCUCAGACCAUGAACUACGUGGGCCAGUUGGCAGGCCAGGUGUUUGUGCAGGUGAAGGAGCUGUACCGGGGCCUGAACCCGGCCACCCUGUCGGGCUGCAUCGAUGUCAUCGUGGUGCGUCAGCCCGACGGCACCCUGCAGUGCUCGCCCUUCCACGUUCGCUUCGGCAAGAUGGGCGUGCUGCGCUCCCGUGAGAAAGUGGUGGACAUAGAGAUCAAUGGAGAGCCUGUGAGUCUACAAAUGAAGCUGGGGGAGAACGGAGAGGCCUUUUUCGUCAAGGAGACAGAGAACACACUGGAAGGGAUUCCGUCCUACCUGGCAACAUCACCUAUUGUAUCCCAGGGGGCGGGGCUAAUGGAAGCCCAGCUGGGGAAGGGCAUGUCUCGCCUCUCUGACCCCACCUCCCUCUCGGUCCAGACCCUGAGCUCCCAGCAGACCAUAGGAGGAGGAGGAGGGAUGAUGAUGAAGAAGAGGAGGAAGAGGAGGAAGAAGGCGCGGGAGAGCGGAGGAGGGAGGCGGGAGGAGAGUGAGGAGCACUCAGAGGAUGAGGACAUGUUCACCAUCGAUAUGAGCACUGAUGAGGAGCAAGAGCACGAUAACAACGCCACCAGGGCCUCUACUCCAGAGCUCUAUGAAGAGCAGGGGCCUAAAGCCAGUGUGUUGAGCAGCACCUACACCCAGAACACAAAAUACACACGCCCUGACGUAGACUGGGCACACUCGCAGAGUCCUCUGAUAGAACAUACUCUGUCUAUCCCUCCUAGCGGUGGUCUGUCCAUCUCCUGUCCACAGCAGACUUCUCUCUUCCCUUCUCCGAUCAGCAGCCCAGGCGGCUCCAGCCCCUCCACUCCGAAGAGUGACUCAGAGCUGACCAAUCAGAGCAAAGACAACCCUGAGAUGAUGUGGGCCUGGGGAGAGCUGCCACAAGCUGCCAAGCCCUCCUUCUUCCCUCCGUUCCAGAUGCAAGAUUCUUUGAGGAUGUCCCCUGUCACCAUCCCUGUGUGUGACAGCACACACUUCAGAACCAUCACUGGAGACGUUGGCCCCUCUGAUCAGAACCAGUCCCAGAGCCAAAAAAAGAGCGGCCCCCCGUCCCUCACCGUGUUCGUUCCCCAGCCCGAGGGCAACACAGCUGGGGCUGGGUCUGGGGCCGGGUCUUGGCCUGGAGGAGACAUGGAGGCAGUAUGGGCAGCCUGUAGAGAGGAGGAGGGACUGGUGGCCUCCAGAAUGCUGUCAGAACUGGAUGAGGGGGGCCAUAGGGACAACACGGUCAGACACACAGACUCCCCAUCUAAGAAGAAAGACAAGAGGAGCCACCACCUGGGCUCUGAUGGAAUCUACCUCGAUGACAUCACUGAGCUGGAGCCAGAUGUGGCCGCUCUCUACUUCCCCAAAAGUGACGGGGCCGGUUCGGUGAGAGGAGGCUUGGAAACGGGAGUGUGGAGUGCCAACCAAUCCCCUCAGUCGGUGGGCAGCAGUGGGAUGGACAGCGGCGUGGACAGCUACUCUGACCAGCUGGGAAACAUGCCCAACAUCGCCAUCUCCCUGUGUGGAGGUCUCACUGACAACAGAGAGAUCACAAGAGAACAGUUUGAGGAGAGAGCCAUCUCUUACCAGCAGUUCACUGAGAACCCCUCCAUCAUUGACGAUCCCAACCUGGUGGUCAAGAUAGGAACCAAGUACUAUAACUGGACUACAGCAGCCCCUCUGAUGCUGGCUAUGCAGGUGUAUCAGAAGCCCCUGCCAAUGGCCUCAGUGGAGAACAUCAUGAAGGAGAAGAUGCCCAAGAAAGGAGGCCGCUGGUGGUUCUCAUGGCGCAGCAGGAACAGCGACUCCAAAUCGGACUCAGUGUCUGAGACAGGAGUUGGAGAUGAGGGUGAGACCUCUCUCAGCAUGGCUUCAGUCAACGGAAUGAAGGAGGAGUCUUCCUCCAGCGAUGAGGACCACAGAUUGUCCAAUCAGGGCUUGGAAUCCUGCAAGGCCGAGCCCCUUCUCACACCCGGUAGUGUGUGCUACAGGAAGACCCUCAGACUGACCCCAGAGCAGCUGGCCAGUCUGCAGUUGAAGGUGGGUCCUAAUGAGGUGGUGUUCAGUGUGACCACUCAGUACCAGGGCACCUGCCGCUGCCAGGGCACCAUCUACCUCUGGAGCUGGGACGACAAGAUCAUCAUCUCAGACAUUGAUGGCACCAUCACCAGGUCAGACACCCUGGGCCACAUUCUUCCCACGCUGGGUAAAGACUGGACCCAUCAGGGCAUUGCCCGCCUCUACCACCGAGUCAGCCAGAAUGGUUAUAAGUUUAUGUACUGCUCAGCGAGGGCCAUAGGUAUGGCUGAUAUGACUAGGGGGUAUCUACACUGGGUCAACGAGAGAGGAACCAUGCUGCCUAUUGGACCUGUCCUACUCAGCCCCAGCAGUCUGUUCUCAGCUCUGCACAGGGAGGUGAUAGAGAAGAAGCCUGAGAGGUUUAAGAUCCAGUGUCUGACUGACAUCAAGCAGCUGUUCUACCCCAACACUGAGCCUUUCUACGCAGCCUUUGGCAACAGAGCCACGGAUGUGUAUUCCUAUAAGGAGGUGGGCGUUCCCCUAAACAGGAUCUUCACAGUCAACCCCAAGGGAGAGCUGAUACAGGAACACGCUAAGACCAACAUCUCAUCGUAUGGUGGUCUGUGUGAGGUGGUGGACCACGUCUUUCCCCUGUUGAUCAGAGGCCACGUCUCUGACGUCUCCUGCCCUGACACCUUCAGCCAAUUCACCUACUGGAGAGAACAGCUGCCCCAGGUCCACAGCCCAGACCAGCCCCAAGUCCACAUCCCUGACCAGGUCCACAGCCCAGACCACCCACAGGUCCACAGCCCCAAGUCCACAGCCCAGACCAGCCAAGUCCACAGCGCCGACCAGCCCCUGGACAACAGCUGAGGAGACCCCACACCACAUCAGACCACCCCAGGAGUGAGCUGUGUGCAAUCAUGGAAGGGAGAGACAACGCUCAAACUCAUGAUGAUGCAGGCAUGCAAAUGCAAGAAGCAUGUAUCUGCUCUAAUGCCACACACACACACACACACAGCUAUGCAGAGGCAGACCUUGCACUAGUCAAAGUGUACUUGCUACAACAGGCAUGUUAGCACUGAGUGGUAUUUAUAUGUAGUCAUCAUUUAUAUUUAUGUUUUACUCUUCAGUGUUGUUUUCUCUGCAUUACCUAGUCUACUCAUACACGGCCUACUGUUCAUCAGGUGAAAUAGGUACAAUACCUAGUCUACUCAUACACGGCUUACUGUUCAUCAGGUGAAAUAGGUACAAUACCUAGCCUAGUCAUACAGAGCUUACUGUUCAUCAGGUGAAAUACAGUGCCUUGCAAAUGUAUUCACCCCCCUUGGCGUUUUUCCUAUUUUGUUGCAUUACAACCUGCAAUUUAAAUAGAUUUUUAUUUGGAUUUCAUGUAAUGGACAUACACAAAAUAGUCCAAAUUGGUGAAGUGAAAUGAAA